CUAACUCCUCCUAGCAAAAUUUGGGAACUCGUCCUUAGAAACUGUGGUUGAUAUCCUUGCAAGACUAUCAAUCACAUUGUUGGGGCGAUGUAGGUGUGUUUGCAAAUCAUGGUGCUCCCUGAUUGCCAAUCUUUCUUCAUCAACAAACAACUCUGUGUCAAUCAACACCGGCAUAAUUUUAUUGAUGGUGAUCAUAACCAUUAUUUCUUCCUUGUCUAUUCAAUUAAAUUUAAGUGGGAUGAUUGCGGAAAUUCCUCGUCCGGAGGUGAGUAUUACAAUUAUUCUUGUCACUCUUUGCAGUGCUUUGAAACCUUUGAAGAGCGUAAGCGACUCCAAUUCCUGACGAACAUUGGGCAUAGCGUCAAGAGUUCUUGUAACAAGACAACAGGAUGUGAUUUUCAAUUGAGAUUAGACAGGGAAACUACGGAUGGAUCCAUCAAUGGAGCCGUCCAUUGGAUAGCAAGGAAGACUACUUCGUGGUGAUGAUGAUGAUGAUGAUGAUGGGUCACAAUUACUGAUCGUUUCAUUCCAUUUGGCGGAUGAGGUUAUGAGAAAAAUAUGUUUGCCCAAAUAUCGCUGUGCUCAUGAUCAUCCAAACCGAAAGUAUGGGUUUAUUUCAGUCAUAUGUGGAAAACUUACUUUUACCAUUGAUCAUGGAGACAAAGAUACGUAUGGAGGAUUCUGGGAAAUAUGGCUAUUGGAGGAUUAUAACAACGAUGAAUCUUGGACAAAGUUUCGUACUUUAGUUCUUUUCUGCUACAAGUACAUGGUGCCUUUAUAGUUUCUGAAUAAUGGUGAAUUUGUCGUCCUCGUUUCACGGAACAACAGAUUGAUCAUAUUCAACACAAAAAACCAAGUAGUUGUUGCUAAGGAACUCCAUGGCUCAGGAUUUGAGGUGGUUAAUUACACACAAAGUCUUGUUUUGGUGAAGGAAUUGAUGCCUCAAGUACUGAAAUGUCAAGUUUCGCUAAGGAGCUAAAGGAGUUUGAGAAUGAGAAGAAGAAGAGGAGGGGGAGGAGGAGGAGUUGGCCCAGUUGGGUAUAGCAAGAAGGUUC